AUGUCUCCUCGAGCUAUCAUAGCACCUUCAAUCCUGUCCGCCGAUUUCGCGGAUCUAGGGAAGGAAUGCUCGAAUACUAUUGCUCAGGGUGCGGAUUGGCUUCAUGUUGAUAUCAUGGACGGUCAUUUCGUACCCAACAUCACAUUCGGUGCGCCGAUUGUUACGAAGAUUCGAAGUCAUGUCGCGAAACCUACCGAGAAACACGGGAAGGGGACUUUUGAUUGUCAUAUGAUGAUUGCAGAGCCGAAGAAAUGGGUAAAAGAAUUCCAGAAAGCGGGCUGCGAUUUAUAUUGUUUCCAUUAUGAAGCCGCGAUCUCGAGUACAGCUGCAGAAAGUCCCGAGGCGACGAGUGACAAGAAGACGAAUCCUAAAGAGCUAAUCAGAUAUAUCCAUGAUUGUGGGAUGUUGGCUGGUAUUGCGAUUAAGCCUGAUACAAGCGUGGAUGUACUAUGGGAUAUUUUGGAGAGUGAGGAUAAACCAGACAUGGUUCUAGUAAUGACGGUUCAUCCCGGAUUUGGAGGACAAAAGUUCAUGGCGUCGGAAUUGCCAAAGGUUGCGGAACUUCGAAAACGAUAUCCCGACUUAAAUAUUGAGGUAGACGGAGGUCUGGGGCCAGGAACUAUUGAUCAAGCUGCUGAUGCGGGUGCCAAUGUUAUCGUCGCGGGAAGUGCUGUUUUUGGAGCGAAUGAUCCGUCUGAGGUAAUUGCUAAAUUGAGAGAGGCUGUUGAUAAGCGGAGAGUGCUCCACGUCUCGUACAACUUCAAACGUCAAGCUGCGUACACGACAGCGCUUUUAUUCCGUUCUUGCUGCACGUCACAGGAGAACGAAGAUGAUUACGGUGACGGCGGGCCCGCUGACGGUUCGGCUUUGAAUAGAGGUAGUUGA